AAUUUGUUACCCGCAAACCACUUCUCUUUCCUUUUUGUUAGUUUAUGACCAAAGGAGCUUUAUAUCCGUCGCAUGGUUUUGGAUUAUUAAUAGUUUCAUUUCUAGGAUUCGGACAAGCAAGCGAAAGUCACCAACCAAUCCAAUCGUCUGGUUCUAGUCUUGCUUAAUAACAUGUCAGUGACGCUUCAUACGAAUCUCGGGGACAUCAAGUGUGAAAUCUUCUGUGAUGAGGUUCCUAAAGCUGCCGAGAAUUUUAUGGCGCUAUGUGCUAGUGGCUAUUAUGAUGGAACCAUAUUUCACAGAAAUAUAAAGGGGUUCAUGAUCCAAGGUGGUGAUCCAACUGGUACAGGCAAAGGUGGGACAAGCAUUUGGGGUAAAAAGUUCAAUGAUGAGAUAAGAGAGUCUCUCAAGCACAAUGCUAGAGGAAUACUAUCAAUGGCUAACAGUGGGGCUAAUACUAAUGGAAGCCAAUUCUUUAUAACUUAUACAAAGCAACCUCAUCUCAAUGGGCUUUAUACUAUCUUUGGGAAAGUGAUCCAUGGGUUUGAAGUCCUUGAUAUAAUGGAAAAGACACCAACAGGACCAGGAGACCGACCUCUGGCAGAGAUUCGGAUGAAUCGAGUGACCAUACAUGCCAACCCACUUGCUGGCUGAUACUAUCUUAAGAUCAUCAUUUUGGUGUGAGCUUAACUGCUAUCGGGUCUCAUUAGAUUUAUGUGUCCAUAAUGGAGGUGAAAACUGAUUAUUGAUGAUCAGAGGGAGAGAGAGGUCUCUGGUUUGAAUUUGUUAAUCUGAACUCCGCAGAAUCAUUUCUAAUGUAAAUUUUCUAUCUGAAACGAAACUUUGGAUCUAAACAGUUUUGUGGCUC